AAAUAAAGCAAGAUGUUCGUUUUGUUCAAAAAUUUUUGACAUAAGUAGCAUGGGUGAAGCUGCUUUGAAAUGUCAUAUUAAAGGUAAAAAACAUGCUGCUUUCACUGAUGCUGCAACAAAAUCACUUGGAUUGACACAGUUCUUUGGUGUUGAAAACUCCAGCACAGUAAAUGUCAAAGCUGAAGAGAAUAAAAUUAGGCCAGCUUCUGCUUCAGUUGUAGACAGCUGUCAUGUUACAAGUGUUAGUAGUUGUAGUAGCAGUUCCAGUCCUUCAGUAUCUUCACAUUUCAGUGGAACAGAUGUUAUGAAUGCUGAAAUAAGAUGGGCUUUGAAAUGUGCAACCAGUCAUUACUCACUUAAUUCGUGCGAAGGACUUCCAGAACUAUUCAAGAAUAUGUUUCCUGAUAGCAGUAUUGCGAAACAGUUUUCAUGUAGUGCCACAAAAUGUGCAUAUAUGAUAUGCUUUGGACUUGCACCACACUUCAAGGCUGCUAUCUUCAAGACUGCCAAUGAAGUGGAACACUAUUGCCUGUUGUUUGAUGAGAGCUUAAAUCUUUCUAAUCAAAAGAAGCAAAUGGACAUACACAUCAGAUUGUGGGACCCAAACAGCGAUGAGGUAGUUACAAGGUUUUUCACAUCUGUAUUUAUGGGACAUUCCAGCGCAGAAGUAACCCUAUCAGCUUUGCAAGAAGCAACAGAAAAGUUGAAUCACUCAAAACUGCUUAACUUGUCAAUGGAUGGUCCAGCUGUGAACUGGAAGCUAUUUAAUAUUCUGCAAGCUGAAUUAAAAAAGGAUUUUGGUUGCACCUUAAUAGAUGUAGGCAGUUGCACUCUUCACACUUUGAAUAAUUGCUUCAAACAUGGCAGUAGAUCUACAUCUUGGGAUAUUGACAGUUUUUUGGUGAGCAUAUACUGGCUUUUUAAAGAUUCUCCAGCUCGCAGGGAAGAUUAUUUGAAUCUUUCUGUAAACAAAAAACUCCCCUCUAAGUUUUGCAAACAUCGUUGGUUGGAAAAUGUUCCAGCAGCCGAAAGAGCACUCGAAAUUUGGGACGACUUGAAGAAAUAUGUCGGAGAAGUUGACAAGGGACAUCUUACAAAAAUUAAAUGUAAGUCUUACCUUAUUGUUAAGGAGGCAUGUCAGGAUGUUUUGAUGCCAGCAAAGUUGAACAUUUUCCUUUCGGUCGUCAAACUGUUACAACCUUUUCUUACGAAGUAUCAAAGUGACAAACCACUCUUGCCUUUCUUAGCUGAAGAUCUAAGAAAUAUGAUUGUUAGUUGCUUGCAGAGUUUCAAUAUUAUGAGGAAUGAGUACAUUUCGAAAUUAUCUUCACCAUACCAGGUUUCACUCUUUGACUUUAAAGACAGAAAGUGUCUUUUAAGUUCAUGCAAAGUUAACUUGGGGUUCAUUGCUGAUAGACUAGUCAAAGAACUUGUUCACAAAAGGGAAGUUUCAGAAAAAGAGGUACUAGAACUCAGACAUGAAACACAGAAUUUCAUUUUCUUGAUGCUUGAAAACCUAGUGGUAAAAUCCCCAAUCAAGUAUGCCUUCGUUCGAAGCCUUUCGUGUCUUGAUCCAAGAUUUAUGCUAACCGAUAGCCACAGCUGCUACAAGAAGAUGAAGCAGAUUUUGUCAAUUAUUGUAAAGGCUAAACAACUUCAGGAAAAGAUGUGUGAUGAAAUCCUGUUGGAGUAUCAAGAAUUGCUCCGAUAUGCUCAUGAAAACAAAACAGCAUUUAGUGACUUUUCCCCUGAUGUGUCUCGAAUUGAUGUUUUCUUUCGCAAUUACCUUGGUGGUGAGAAAAAGUUUGUGUAACUGUGGCCAGUUAUAAAAAUGCUUUUAAUUUUUUCACAUGGCCAAGCAGCUGUAGAGCGAGGGUUUUCUGUUAAUCGCCAUAUAGAAGUGGAAAAUCUAAAGGAAGAUUCGUAUGCAGCAAAGAGAUUAACCAUUGAAGAGAUCAGAAAAUGUGGCGGUGUUACAAAUGUUCCUCUAACAAGAGAGUUGCGGGCUUCUGUUGCAGCAGCUCGUCAGAAGUACAUGUCAUACUUGGAAGAGGAACGGAAGAAAAAAUCUAAU